AUGGAGGAGACCUCCGGCGACCUGAAGCAGGCGGAGUUGAAGAAGGAGACCCUGUUCAAGGCGUACGACCAACUGCAGUCGCAGUUGUCCUCGUUCCUCUCGUUCACGCUCCCAUGGAAGGACCUGGAGGACCACUUGGAUGGCAUCCGGAGGUCGCUCGAGCGCCGCUCUGAGGAGCUCGACAACGGCGAAAGGUCGCUCGCGGAGCGAGCCCGCGAGGUGGCUUCCCGGGAGGACGGGCUGCAGUCGGCGUGGCAGAGGGUCGAGGAGGAGGUCCGGCGAAAGAAGAUGGACUUGAGGCCAGUGGAGGAGCGGCUUGAGAAAUGCAGGGGUGAACAUAGGGAGGAGAAAAGUCAACUGGUUGUGAAGCACGACGCCCUCAGGGAGUGUAUCUCGCUGAUCAAGGACAAGGAGGAGGAGCUGAGCGAUCUGAAGCACGCGACUGAUGAAUGUCGCACGGAUUAUGACUCGAAGAAGGAGGAGGUGGAGUUGCUGCGACAGGAGUUUGAAUUGAAGGAGAAGAAAGCCGGGUUGAUGCAGAGUUUGCUCGAGGAAAUUGCUCGGCAACUCGAAGUGAAAGUGGGUGGAGGAGUUUGGUUCGGUGAAGGGCUCUCUCGAUGA